AAAAACUGGUACAGAGACAUCUAUUGUAAAGGCGACUCACUCUCUAGAUCUUUAGCUUGGAAUGGCUAUUUACGUUCCAGACUGGCAGUUGUAUAAUGCUGCUAAGGAUGGAGAUAUAGAAAGAAUGAGAACUGCCCUCUCUAAUGGGGCAGAUAUCAAUUGGAGGAAUCCUCGUACGCUAAACAGGACUUCAUUACAUGAAGCAGCAUUCAAUAACAGGAGUGAUGCUGUCCAGUGGUUACUCAGUAAAGGGGCUGGUAUUGACUCAAGGGCUAGUAUGAGUUGUAUAUUGAAUGAUACACACAUUAUUACAACAUGAUGUAAUGUAGUACAUGCUAGUUGAUAAUAAACCAGUUCCAAUACAUGUUUUUCUUUAUAUUUAUUUGUGUGAUAUUCCAAUUUUGUUUAUGUAUUAGUUUACCUUGCACGUUGUAAUUUUUAAUGUGAUAAAAUUUUGUUGUACACAUUUUUGUGAGGAGUAUACUGUGCCAUCAUGAAUUACAUGUAUAGUACAUGUAUUUGAAUUAUGUGUAAACAUGUACAUAAUACAUGUACAAGUAGUAUGAUCUU